AUGAAGUAUCAUCUUGCUUUGGCUGUCGGGCUAGGAUGUUUGCUAUUGUACGGCGUUGCUGACGAAGUAUGCUACGGUGAUCUCGGCUGUUUUUCCAACGACCCUCCCUAUGACAAUGUCAGAUACUUACCAGAAUCGCCUGCAGAAGUAGACACCCAAUUCUGGCUGUACACACGUCUUAACCCAGAUGUUAGUCAGACACUUAACCGAACUGACCCAUCCAGUAUUAUUGAGUCUCAUUUUAAGGCUGGUAGUCGGACCAUAUUUCAACUUUAUGGAUGGGGGGGAUUAGGGAAACCUGGUAUUGCUGGAUGGGUGGAUGAAAUGCGACAAGAGUUCCUGAAACAUGACGACAUGAAUGUAAUCUUGGUUUACUGGGAUUCAACUGGUCGUUAUCCACAAUGUGUGGCAAACGGCAGAAUAGUCGGUGCGGAAAUCGACGCGCUACUCGACGCAUUGACGUUAUACACUGGCUUCGACGUAAAUGACGCAUAUUUGGUUGGACACAGUCUCGGGGCGCAUGUUGCGGGGCAUGCAGGACAAAGAAACCCCAUGAUAGGACGAAUUACAGGUAUUGACCCAGCGGGACCAGCGUAUGAGAACCAUGACCCAGCUGUUCGACUCGAUGCGACAGACGCCCAAUUUGUUGAUAUCAUUCAUACUGAUGGUGAACGGAUUAUCCCUCAGGCCGGGUUUGGCACAUGGAUAGAGAGUGGGCAUGUGGAUUUUUAUCCUAACGGCGGAAAGGACCAGCCUGGUUGCAAAGGUCCUAAACGAAUUUGUGAAGAAGUUUGUUAUGGCGAUCUCGGUUGUUUUUCAAAUGACCCCCCGCACGACAAUGUUAGGUUUUUGCCCGAGUCACCAGAAGAAAUUGGCACUGUGUUUUUACUGUAUACCAGACUAAACCCUUAUGAGGGACACAAUAUAAACCGGAAAGACCCAGAAAGUAUUAUUGGUUCGCAUUUUGAUCCAUCACGUCGUACGGUAUUUGUGAUCCACGGAUGGAACCCAUCCGACAAAGUACAAUGGAUGGUUGAUAUGAAGGAUGAGUUUCUGCAAUAUGAUGACAUGAAUGUUAUUUUUGUGAACUGGAAGGACGGAGCGACUGGCUUGUAUUUCCAAUGCGUUGCUAAUACCGAGGUUGUCGGAGCCGAGAUCCAUGCACUGUUGGAUACGUUGACGAUGUAUAUGGGUCUGGAUGUGAAAGAUGUAUAUUUAGUUGGACAUAGUUUGGGUGCUCAGGUUGCUGGAUAUGCUGGUGAAAGAAACCCCGCGAUUGGGCGAAUUACUGGCCUCGACCCCGGUGCUUUGGCAUUCGAGGAUGAAGACCCAGCUGUUCGUCUCGAGUCCACAGAUGCACAGUUCGUAGACGUCAUCCACACUGCUGCUGGCAACAGUAUAACUAAUAUAGGAAUAGGAAUAAAGGGAGUGAGUGGUCACGUAGACUUUUACCCGAAUGGUGGAUCAGAACAGCCAGGUUGUCCUUUACCAAUAGCUGGGGAUGUGUGUGACCAUAAACGGGCCACGGAAUACUUCGUGGAGUCAAUCAACCAGUGUCCGUUCACAUCGUACCCAUGUGAGCUUGGACAAUGGGAUGGUUGUGAUACAUGUGGCGAUAUCGGAUGUUCGUACAUGGGGUUUCACGCUGAAGAAAGUGAUGCUCGAGGAGUGUUCUAUUUGGAAACAGAAAGCCAAUCUCCGUAUUGCCAGGGAUGA